ACGGCGGCUCGGGCGGUGGGGCCGCGCGGUGGUUGAAGCGAAGCGGUCGCCUCUCCGGGCGCCUUCCCCUCCCCCCCCCCACAACAGAAAGCGGCUUUUUGCUCAAACACCAUUUUUUCGCAGCCUGGGUUUAAUCAGCACGUCCUGCCUGCGCCGGGACACCUGCCGCCCUGCGCUGGGGCGGGGUGGGGAGGCGAGAGGAAGCAGCUCAGCUCCGCCCGGCCCGGCCCGGCCUCGACGCGGGGCCGCCUCACCGUCGCGAGGGCACCCAGGUUUGCAAGCAGUAGCCGGGGGAGGGCGAGGCCUCGCCGGCAGUAGCGAGGAGGGGAGAGCCAGCAGCGGCGCUGCCGUUCACGGGCUGCCGUGACUGCCUAGGAGGCGGCGGCAGGGGCUCCCCCCGCCUCGCUCCGCCCCGGCAGCCGCGCAGCAGUUACGUCUUGGUCCCUGGGUCUGGUGGAUGUCCUGCGAGCUCACCGCGACUGGCACGCCUCGCCCUGCAGAUGCAGGGACCACGGUUCCUGCGGCCCUGAGGAGCUACAGCCCCUUUCCAGUCGAUGUUUCCAGGAAUACGGUGAAACUUUAUGGACAUGGCCUCAGAUACAUGGAAUUUUUUCCCCUCUGGAAAAUUUGGCAUUCUUGCGGGGACUCAUUUCUUCAUUCAGCUAGGCAAGAAAAGACUUGCCUGGUAAUUUGCAAUGAGGGAGGAGGGAAGAGAAAUGGAGGAAGGAAGAAAGCAGGCAGUGGAAGAAGCGGUGUGGAUGACUCAGUCUACGGCUUCUGAGUCAGUUUGAUGAAGUAAGACACAUCAGCCGGAAGUGUCACCUUUGACUAUUGUAGAAAUUGGUGAUCAGCUAAAGGUUCUUCACAACGUCCUUCAGUUUGAAGAAUUGCAUUUGUCCUUUCACAAUGCUGUGAAAACUGUGGUAGGCUGAAUAGGGAAAAAAAGAAAAGCAGUAAGGCAGGCCAAGGUAAGGAACAUCUUGUCAGAGGCAUGGAACUAAUAGAUCCUUCUCCAGACACAUUGGGGAUAGCAAGCCUGUCAAAGAGUCCUGAGAGCCAGUGGAUCAUUCAGGUAUAAGAAAACCCUAUGGGAUGGCCCAUGGGAAGAUAGGAACGUAACAUGCUGCUCUUGGAAGAGCAUGGAUUUCAGUGCCAGUACCUUUUCUUAGGGCUAAUCUUCCGUGGAAGGAUCUGUCUCAAAUUGAAAAAGUCAAAGGCAGUUAUAGAACAAAAUGAUCCAUAAACAAAGCACCAUGACUGGCUGAUACUCACUCUUCUGUUCUCUUGUUGUAGAUGUCUCAUUUAAAGGAACUUUGGGACAAAAAGAUCAGAAAGUAAUAAACGUGGUGGUGCUUUUUUUUUUUUAUCCUCCCGAAGUGAUUAAAACAGAGCCAGGAAAGUAGAGACCAGUGAGCCUGUUGUCUGCAGCAGGCAGCUGGGUAGAAACUGCUUCAAAGAACAGAACCAGUGGAAGUGAAGAUAAAUUACGUAAGGAAGGAGUCAACAGUGACUUUUUUAAAGGGAGUUCAUGGCUCUAAAAUACUAGAAGUGUGUUAGAAUUGUAUGCGUGCAUGUGAACACAUUGCAUACAGGACACAUUUUUUGAUACAAUCUGCCUUAAUUUCCAAAAGGCAUUCAGCUGCCAGUGAAGCCAGACUGCCAUAUAAUAUACUUAUUCUCACAUGUGUAAACAAGUAGGCAAAAGAUAAAUGCUCACUUUUUCAGGUGGAGGAAGGUCACUGUUGGAGUCCCAAACAACUCUCUUCUGCUCAGCAUAUAUUUUUAAUGAUCUGGACAGAGGGAAACUGUUGCAGUGGCAGAAUUUGCCAACAAUACAGAGCUAUUCAGGCUAGAACAUGGAGGUGUUAAUUGCAAAGAGUGGCAGAAGGAUGUCGCGUUAGUGAAUGACUGGGUAAUAACAGCAAAAGAAAUCUGUUGUAGAUAAAUGUAAAGACAAUUUAUAAUGGAAAUAUGGGCAAAAUCCUAACAUCAUGCGCUCAGCGGCUGUCUGGGUUUACCUGAUUUUUAACGCUCAAUGAUUAGAUCGUGGGAAUUUACUACAUAUGCCCAUGGAAAUAUCAGGUCAAUACUCAGUAGUACUAAAAGAACAAAUAGAUGGUUAGAAAAUAUUAGAAAAAAAACCAGAAAAAUUAUUGUUUUUAGUUUAUAAAUCCAUAGUGCACCUACGUUUUGAAGACUGUAUGUAAGUUCUCUUCUUUCUCCCCACCUCAGACAGGCUGUAGCGUAACGGGAGAUGGUACAGAAGAGGGUGGCAAAGAUAGUCAGAAAUAUGAAAUUGGAUUCCAUCUAAGGAACAGUUAGAUGAAGACUGUAGCUUGGGAAAGCAAGAACUGGGGAGGAGUGUACUAGGUCUGUAAAAAAUCCUGAGUGCUUGACAAGCUGAAUAGGAAAUGUUCACUUUUUUUUCCUCUGGUAUAAUUAGGAGCUGUCAGGAAAAACAAGCCGGUAACAGGCUCAAAACAGGGCAAAGACAAUUCCUAUAUUUCCCGUGUCCUGUAUUAACUGUGUAAUUCCUAUUUUAACAGUGUAAUGCAAAUGUUGACUUCAAAUUGUGGAAGUUUUUAUUGGAAACCAGUAACUGAAGGUUUUCUUCCCAUUUCUGCAGGGAAACAUGACAGCAAAAACAUUGUUUUCAUGUAAUAUCACAACAGCAUUUCUGUCUUUAAUUAUUGCAGAGAAAUGUGAAGCCUAUGAUGUGAUGUUGAGGCAAAGUCUUGUGCCUGAUGGGCAGCCUCUUGCUAUUAAAUGUUCACUGGAAAAGACCUUGAAAAGUGGAGACUACAACUUAACAUGGUAUAAAGUUGGUAACCGGACAGCUGUGCCUAAAGACAAACUUUCUAGAAUUCAUCAGCAGAAGAAUUUAAUUUGGUUUCUUCCUGCAAUGUUAGAAGAUUCUGGAGAUUAUGAAUGUGUCAUAAGGAAUUUGACAAGCUGCAGGAAAAUGCGUACGAAAGUAACAGUUUUUGAGAGGAUUGAUGGCUUAUGCAUAAAUGAAAAAUUUGCUGUAGAGGAGGUGAUAUUCACAUUAUCAUCUGCAAAGGUUGUAUGUCCACACUUGGAUUAUUUCAGGAAUGAGAAGAAUAUUCAGCCUGUUUGUUGGUAUAAGGACUGCCAGCUGCUGCAAGGGAAAAGGUUUGCCAUCUCAAACAGUGAUCUUAUAAUUUUCAAUGUGACUGUACAUGAUCAAGGAAACUAUACAUGCAAAACAACAUAUACCUACAAUGGAAAACAAUAUAACAUUUCACGAGACGUCAGCCUGACUGUAGAAGUGAGCCCACCAAAAAAGCCCCCGGAAAUAUCUUACCCAAGAAACAACUCCAUUGAAGUGGAACUUGGCUCACAGGUUACAGUGGAUUGCAAUACAACAGGUGCUGAUGGGUAUGAGGUGUUUUGGACAGGCAACGGUGUGUAUAUUGAUGUAAUUUAUAAGAGCAGAAUUUUUGCAAGUCAUUAUAAGGAGGAAACUUCUUAUGAUGGACGCCCUAUGCAUUCUGUGAAGCUAAUAAUUUCAGAAGUGAAUAGUGAAGAUUAUGAACAACCAUUUGUCUGUCAAGCUUCAAAUGCUUUUGGACAGAUUGCAUCUUAUAUUAUAUUAAAACACAGAGUUCCUGACAUACGAAGAUGGCUGACUGGAGGGCUAGUCUCUUUGUUAAUUAUAACAUUUAUUACUUUAAUAAUCUACAAGAUUUUCAAGAUUGACUUGGUGCUUUGGUACCGUAAUUCUGUCUGUGCCUUUGCAAGUACGGAAGAUGGGAAAAUCUAUGAUGCAUACGUCCUGUACACAAAAAGCAGUGGAGGCAGAAGCUUCUAUCGUCUGGAAACCUUUGUUCGUAGAAUACUCCCUGAUGUUCUAGAACAACAGUGUGGAUAUAAUCUCUUUAUAUUAGGAAGGGAUGAUUUACCUGGAGAAGCUGUGGUCAGUGUUGCUGAUGAAACCAUUAAGCAAAGCAGAAGACUGAUGAUUAUUUUGGGAUCAGAAACAUCUAGUUGCUGCCUGUUAGAAGACACCUCUGAACAACAACUAGCUAUGUAUAAUGCUCUCAUCCGUGAUGGUAUUCAAGUGAUUCUGAUAGAAAUGGAUGAAAUACAGGACUACGCAAGCAUGCCGGAAUCGAUCAAAUACAUUAAGCAAAAACAUGGAGCUAUCCAAUGGAAAGGGGACUUCUCAGAGGAAUCUUGUUCAGCAAAUACAAGAUUCUGGAAAAAUGUGCGCUACCAAAUGCCAUCCAGGAAAAAAGUCUCUUAUUCUGAAGUGUGUUUGCCCCUAACUUUGAAGAAUUCUGCAGAAAAGAGAAGUUAAAAUGCACUUACUAAAAUAAUACUGAGAAGGUAAUUCUGAAACGUGGGGUUUAUUUUACAUAAAUUCUUUGUAAUAUAAAGCAAAUGUUUUCUUCAAGGUGUAAAAACUACUCACCCCUUCCCCAGAUUACACUGUAAAAGAAAAACUCUGUGCAACUUCAGUUUUGUUCUGGGUUUUGGAUAGUGACACCAUUUGUUGUGUUAGUCUCAUGCAGAUAGGAGAAGUAAACGCUGCCUGUGGUGGUAGGCGAUUAAAUAGUCAUGGUCCACAUAAAUGUAAUAUCCAGUGAAAAAGCAGGCGUGAAGUCCAUUUUUUAAAAUUGAAACUACAGCUGAUAAAUUAAAAACCUGUUUCUAU